AUGUCUUCCCCAUCCCCAUUUCUAAGGCAAAUAGAAUCACCCAGGUUGACUGAAAACCACAGCCGAGCUGAUGGAUUCCUUAUUUUGGGAUUUUCAGACUCCCCGGAGCUACAGGGGCCGCUCUUUUUCAUUUUCUUGCUCAUCUACUUGAUGACCGUGUGGGGAAAUCUUCUAAUAAUAUCAUUAGUCUUCACUGACGUUUACUUGCAAAAGCCCAUGUAUUUUUUCCUGUGUAAUAUGUCAUUUUUGGACAUCUCAUAUAGUUCCGUCACUGCCCCAUAUUUGCUGCACAUUUUCAGCACAGGAGAUAAUAACAUCCCCUUUAAGAUGUGCAUGGUCCAACUUUACUUCUUCAAUUCUUUUGCAAGCAUGGAAUAUUUGUUACUCACCACUAUGGCAUAUGACCGGUACAUGGCCAUCUGUAGACCAUUAUUUUAUCCCCAGGUUAUGAACCAAAGAACAUGCAGAAUAUUGGCUGCUGCUGCUUGGAUAGGUGGUUUUUUAGCAGGAACUCCAGUAACCAUCUUGAUUUCUGCUCUCACUUUCUGUGCAUCGAACAUUAUCAAUCACUUCUUUUGUGACGUCACUCCCUUGCUGAAGUUAUCCUGUGAUGAUACGUCUACUGUUGAGUUUGUAAUGUUUGCUCAAGGAGUCUUUCUCCUGUUUAGCUGUUUUGUGCUUACAGUAAUGUCCUACAUAUACAUAAUAUCUGCAAUCCUCAAGAUAACCUCCAAAGAAGGCAGAUCCAAAACCUUCUCCACAUGUGGAUCCCACCUCACUGUAGUUACCCUCUUCUAUGUCUUAGUUGUCUGUGUUUACAUGAAACCAACGUCAUCGUAUUCAUUGGAUGAGGGAAAAUUUCUCUCUGUUCUCUACGUGAAUUUCAUACCCAUGUUAAAUCCAGUCAUAUACAGCUUGAGGAAUGAAGAUGUGAAAAAGGUACUGCAGAAGAAAUUUAGGGGAAAUAUCAAGAAGAGGAUUUAA